AUGCAGGCCCAUCUCAUCAAAAUGAAGACCUGGCUUCUGUUGGCGUGUAUCGUGAUUUUAUUACACGAUGGAACCGCUUGGUUAUGGCACUGGAAAGGGAUGAGGACCACAAACUCAGUUUGUCAGAACCAUAAAAUGAACCUGAAAUGUUGGCAUGGUACCGUCAUUAAGAUACACUAUGCUAACUACGGUCGCACAGACUAUUACACUUGUCCACGUGGACACCUGUUGACAGACGAUUGUGUAAAUAAGAGAACAAAGAAAAUCGCCAAACGUCUCUGCAAUGGAAAGAGGCGCUGCAAACUGAAGGCCAGCUCAAGAAUGUUUGGUAAUUCCUGUCGGGGAACAACUAAAUACCUAGAAGUAACCUUUUCUUGUGUCGAUCCUGACGAUGACAAACGAAACGUGGAAGUCAACAAUUAGAAAGGAAAUGGCGAACAGGCGUGAAUAUAAUGUAAAUUCACUGACAAUAAAGUCGUGAAAUUGUA